CACGCGCUCUGCUCUACUCUUUCCUACGUCGCGCCCGCCCGGGUGUGUGUGCUGCUGACUGCGGGCGCAGCGCCAUCAUGCCGUUGGAGCGCUAGACACGCCGUUUUAAAGGGCUAGCCUCACUGUGCUGUGCCGUUCUCUCUCUCUCUCUCCCUCCCUGCCUGCUGUGUGCUGCUGAUUCAUCACGAUUAGGUGGUUAGCCAGCCUGCCUGCCAGCCAUAGGCUACAUGCACAAGCCAUGCCAACCAGACUGAGUGGGGGCUUUCAUAGCUAAAGUAGACAAAGAAAGGGCUUUCUUGUCAAACGUAGGCUAGGCUAUAGCAUCGCACUACAGUGCAGAGAGAACAACGUGUGGCGGUUGGGAAUGUUUUUGAUAACUUCAUUGCGAGAUAGAUUGAUCAUAUCGAGAGUUACGGGGGGACUGGGAAUCCCCCCCCUGUUUUUCAGAAAUCAGACAUCGUUAAUCGGUUUACAUAGAGUAGCCUAGCUAGAUAAGGAAGAGGAAGAUAUAUCGUGUAUUCGGGAUGUGUAGCCGAGUUGGAACUGUCUAGAAAACGUGAUUAUAGGUUAGGUGGCUGGAGAUAUUUACAGCAGAAGAACUGUCCGAGUAUUCGAGUGCUGAAACGGAAGCAAGCGGAGCGGAGCGGGAAACGGGCCGCACUGGAUAGGGACGCAACAGCCGCGAGCGCGGUCAGCGUGUGUCUGUCUGUUGCUAUUUCAGAGGAAGGAGAGAUGGAGGGUCGAGAGAAGGGAUUAAAAAACGAGUGGAGCUCUGAGGUGUGUUCAGAGGGGGCUGGUGUGUUCAGAGGGGGCAGGUGUGUUCAGAGGGGGCAGGUGUGUUCAGAGGGGGCUGGUUCUCGUGGCAUGUCGACCACUAAUAAGGGAAACAAGGCCUUGAAGGUGAAGAGGGAGCCGGGGGAGAAUGGGACCACCCUGACAGAUGAUGAGCUGGUGACUAUGUCCGUCCGGGAGCUCAACCAGCACCUCCGCGGCCUCACCAAGGAUGAGAUCCUGCAGCUUAAACAGCGCCGGCGCACCCUGAAGAACCGUGGCUACGCCGCCAGCUGCCGGGUCAAACGGGUCACCCAGAAGGAGGAGCUGGAGAAGCAGAAGUCACAGCUUCAACAGGAAGUGGAUAAGUUGGCGUCAGAGAACGCCAGCAUGAGGGCGGAGCUCGAUCACCUGAGGUCGAAGUACGAGGCGCUACAGAGUUUUGCAAGGACUGUGGCGAGGAGCCCGGGAGUGGGGUUAGGGGUCGGGGGUCAGAGGGGAGGUGGUGGGGUCGGGUCGGUGAUCGGGCCACUCAUACCGGGGAAAGUGGCGGCGACGAGUGUCAUCACGAUAGUGAAGUCGAAAACAGACGCGUGGUCUUAGUAGCGGGCUGGGUCAAGGAGAGAUGAGAGAGAAGAGGGAAGGGAGAGGAGGAGAAGAAGAAGCUAAUUAGGACUAUUUAAAAAUGAAACCAUUGGUCAGUGCAUCGUCAUUGAGCACAGGACAGAAUUUAAUCAGGUGAGGUGGCCCCCCUUUGAGAAAAUAUCACACCCUGGAUAGUAAUUACUGUGUUUCUACUGUUAUUUUGUAACUGUUGUACACGAGGUCCAAAGUUGUCAUUUUUAUGUAAUGUAGUUAUGCGUGUGUUGUGUCAUGGAAUACUGUGAGCUUCAUCCGUGGCCGACUUUCCUUUUGGUAUCAUUCUAUUUGGCUGUGAUUUCUCUGAAAACAACUAUUUGUUACCCAACGGGCUUCCGUACUCACAGGCACUUCCUUGUUUUGCAGAAACAGCUUGCAGAGCCGUCAAUUUAUUUCAUAUUUUAUCAUAAAAAUGACAGAGAAUUGUAUUUUGUAACCGCUCAUUGCACAAGAGAGACAAGAUACUUUCAGAAAAGUGAGGGUCUUCAGGAAGAGGUUGUUUUGGUUAUUUUACUUUUUUUUGUUGUACUUUUCACCCUUUUUUCUCCCCAAUUGGAAGGUACAGUCUUGUCCCAGCGCUGAAACUCCCGUACGGACUUGGGAGAGGCGAAGGUCGAGAGCCAUGCGUCCUCCGAAACAUGACCCUGCCAAGAACCAGAAGCCAGCCGCACCAAUGUGUCGGAGGAAACACAGUACAACUGCCGACCGAAGUCAGCCUGCAUGCGCCUGGCCCACCACAAGGAGUCGCUAGAGCACGAUGGGCCACCUGUGCGCCCUUGGUCUGUAAUGAUGCCACUCGGGAGGCCUAAAGAGGUUGUGUUUUAUCACAGGUACCUGUGUGUUUACCUGUGCUUAAUGUUAUGCACUGACCAAUUAUCACCAUAUUACCAAUCUCCAUACAGGCCAGAGGGGUCUAGGCAUCUAAUCGCCAAGUGUUGUCCUGUUCCUGUCUGUCUGGGACUUGUGUACUAUACUGUAGAAUUAGCUAUCGGAUUACAUUGACUGACACGCGUUUAUGUGACUAGGCAAUUACUCCAUUCAAAAACUAACUGAAAAAUCAACAUUUUAGUCCAAAAUGUAUAGAAUUGAAAUAUAGUCAAUUUGAAUGUUUUUCUAAUUUAUUGUUAGAUUUGAUUUUGUUUAGUUUUUUGGGGAUGACAAUAACAAACUAACGUUAUUAUGACUAUGAGGUAUUUUGUUGACAUGGCCAAUAUUUCAACUGUCAAAAUAAUGAUUUAAAAAUCAUUUUUAUUUUCAGUUUUUAAAACAGUAGACUGUUCAAUCUGUUAGUUGGGUGUAAUUCUCACAGGUUUUACCAUGAAGUUAUCAGUGUGAGUGAUGUUACGUAUUCUUCAAAGGAUUCUUUGUCUACAUAUGGUCACAUCUUGAAUUUUAUAAAUUACAUAGAGUAUCUUUACAUUAUUUAUAAAAGACCUUUAAAAAAGAAUCAAGGUAAAAAUUGUUUGAUAUUUCCUCUUUUUUGCAAUUGUACCAAAAGUGGCUUAACUAUUGAAGUUGAUAGCUUUGUCUUUCUAGUGACUAGGCACGUGUGGUUGUUAUGGUGACCGUGAGGCUAGCGCGUGGUGGCGUGACGUUGUAAUGUACAGUACGUGACGAGGUAAUGAUAAUAUUAUUGUUCACUGUGUUGUUGUUAUGGAUACGUGAUGCUAUUUUAAUUUAAAGCGGGUGAUGUAGUCGAAGGUACCUAUGCUCUGCCCAGAUCCCUAUGUAACAGUGGUGGUUGUAUUAAUGGAUGUUUAUUAAUACUUAAUACACGUGUUAUUAAUGUGUUGUAAACAUGCAUUAUAUAAAUUACAAAGUCUCUCUGAAUAGGAACGGUUUAUUUAGCAACUCAAUAAAACGUCUAAAUGUAUAAAAGCCUGAAUAUUCCAAAUGAGUUCGACAAACUGGGAGAAUAAAGAGAUACAGCGUUACCAAGAUACAGCGUUACCAAGAUACAACGUUUCCUAGGAUACCCAAACUACUGCAAGGGUGUACCGACUGGGAUAUGGGCCUACGAUUACAUCACCCGUGCUCUUUGAAUAAGUUAGUUUUUUGUGACGUGAUUUAUAUAAUUAUUUUGAUUUGCUCUGUAUAUAAUUGAUAUGUUAUGGAUAUGUUUAAUGCAGACUGUAUUGCCGAUGUUUUAUAAAUGCCAGGGAAGUAACACUGUUGUCUGCUAUCUGUUUAUGUUGGGUCAUAGAGAUCCUGUCAUUCAAGAAUUAUACAAUGCAAGUC